UAUCUUAAACCCGACACUAGCGCAUAUCCCCGUACCGACAACAGUCGGCGGCUCGGCACAAUUUUCUAACCUCUGCUCGCGGCGCUCUGCGGACUUUCCGACCUCACAGAUUACUGUAUUGCCAUCGACCCCGGCGAAAUCGAUUCACCAUGGCGCACUAUUUGAGAUCCUUUACGUUCAGCAUGCGCAUACGGGACAUACGAAACUGAACCCGGCGUUUCCGCUAGCUCUCCACUGCCCUAGUGCAAACCGUUUCUUCUACAAGUACACUUCGCCUCAGCGUUGGCCCAAUUGACAGCGUACCCACGGUUCCCUUGCCGCCUGUCUCGCCUCGCCUCUAACCGCGUGGCCUACGCCUUUUGCGGGUUGCCACCAUGGAGCCCUCACCUGGUGCACCGUCAUCGCCGCUAUUUGCUAUCCGGCAAACGCCGCACGCUGGCCGCGCUGUCUUCGCUACAACAUUUAUACCCCAAGGCACCCUAGUCUGGCGCUCCGACGACCUCACCCUCUCGGUUCUUCUGCGAGAAUAUCGCCGCGAAGUAUGUGGGCAAUGCUUCGGAUAUGACUAUGGACGGGAUCUGCCAAUACGUGAUCAAAAGAUAGGGUUCGCGUUUUGCAGCGAAGAGUGUCAGCAAAAGUGGAGGGAGGAGAAUGGGCAGAUUGGAAUGGAAACGUGGACGGCUGUGGAGAAGCUGGUCAAGGGCCGCAGCAAGGAGGAUGCAGACAUGGUUGACAGCGAUCUCCCAAGGCCGAAGAAGAAGGAGAUUGAGGCAGCCUGGGCAGGUGUUGCGGCGCAUGCCCAUCUAAUAAGGAUUGCAAGACAGGCGGAAGAAACUGGGGUCCCUCAAGAGGGUGCAAUUGUGCAGGUUACCAAGCAGCAUAAGAAGGCCCUCCAGAAAGCACUCCUGCAACCAAUCUCGCCUGAUGUCAUGAGCUUCUGCGUAUCCGGCAUUCUCUGGCGCUACCUCAAGCCCCAGGAGUGGGAUAGGGUGCUGGCUUUGGCGUCGGAUUCCACGCCUUACCAUAACACGGACGACCUACACGCCUUCACGCGCACAUACUUGCAUCUUCUUGCAAUCCUUCCUCUUCCCCUACUCCCCUUGGUUACCCCCGAGACUCUAUUUAUCCUCUCUGCACGCGACUCGCACAACUCCUUCGGCAUCCGCUCCCUCGAAGAUGACGGCUCAGAGUUCUUCGGGUAUGGAUGCUGGCCGGCUGCCUCCUACUUCAACCAUUCCUGCGGCCCAAACAUUGAGAAGCGGAGGAAUGGCAGGGUGUGGGAAUUCAGGGCUGGUAGGGACAUUGAAGAGGGUGAGGAAUUGUGCAUCACGUAUCUGAGCGGGGAGGAGAGGAAGAUGAGCCGCGGCAAGCGCAUGCUGACGUUGAAGCGGAAUUGGGGGUUUGAUUGUGCUUGUGAGAGGUGCGAAGAGGCUUGAAUUGAGGGGUAGA